GCGCGGGGCGGUCCGGCGGGUUCAAAGAGGAAAACAUGGCGGAAAACAAAGGCGGCGGCGAGGCUGAGAGCGGCGGCGGGGGCAGCGGCAGCGCGCCGGUAACUGCUGGGGCCGCGGGGCCCGCGGCGCAGGAGGCGGAGCCGCCUCUCGCCGCGGUGCUGGUGGAGGAGGAGGAGGAGGAGGAAGGCGGCAGGGCCGGCGCGGAGGGCGGCGCGGCAGGGCCCGACGACGGGGGGGUGGCCGCGGCCUCCUCGGGCUCGGCCCAGGCUGCCUCAGCCCCUGCGGCCUCAGUGGGCCUUGCAGUUCGGGGGGGGGCGGCCUCAACACAGGCUCCUGCUCCAGCCCCGGCUCCCGCUCCGGGUCCCUCGGCGGGGCCGCCUCCUGGACCUCCAGCCUCGCUCCUGGACACCUGCGCCGUGUGUCAGCAGAGCUUGCAGAGCCGGCGUGAGGCGGAGCCCAAGCUGCUGCCCUGUCUUCACUCCUUCUGCCUACGCUGCCUGCCGGAGCCGGAGCGCCAGCUCAGCGUGCCCAUCCCGGGGGGCAGCAACGGCGACAUCCAACAAGUUGGUGUAAUACGGUGCCCAGUAUGCCGACAAGAAUGCAGACAGAUAGACCUUGUGGAUAAUUACUUUGUGAAAGACACAUCUGAAGCUCCUAGCAGUUCUGAUGAAAAAUCAGAACAGGUAUGUACUAGUUGUGAAGACAAUGCAAGUGCAGUUGGCUUUUGUGUAGAGUGUGGAGAGUGGCUAUGUAAGACGUGUAUUGAAGCACAUCAAAGAGUAAAAUUCACUAAAGAUCACUUGAUCAGGAAGAAAGAAGAUGUCUCAGAGUCUGUUGGAGCAUCUGGUCAGCGCCCUGUUUUCUGCCCUGUACACAAACAAGAACAGUUGAAACUUUUCUGUGAAACAUGUGAUAGACUGACAUGUAGAGACUGUCAGCUAUUGGAACACAAAGAACAUAGGUAUCAAUUUUUGGAAGAAGCUUUUCAAAAUCAGAAGGGUGCAAUUGAGAAUCUCCUGGCUAAGCUGCUUGAGAAGAAGAAUUAUGUCCAUUUUGCAGCUACUCAGGUGCAGAAUAGGAUAAAAGAAGUAAAUGAGACUAACAAACGAGUAGAACAGGAAAUUAAAGUGGCCAUUUUCACCCUUAUCAAUGAAAUUAAUAAGAAAGGAAAAUCUCUCUUACAGCAGCUAGAGAAUGUUACAAAAGAAAGACAGAUGAAGUUACUCCAGCAGCAGAAUGACAUCACAGGCCUCUCCCGACAGGUGAAGCAUGUUAUGAACUUUACAAACUGGGCAAUUGCAAGUGGCAGCAGCACAGCCCUACUAUAUAGCAAGCGACUGAUCACUUUUCAGUUGCGUCAUAUUUUGAAAGCACGAUGUGACCCUGUCCCAGCUGCUAAUGGAGCGAUACGUUUCCAUUGUGAUCCUACUUUCUGGGCAAAGAAUGUAGUCAAUUUAGGUAAUCUUGUAAUUGAGAGUAAACCAACUCCUGGUUAUACUCCAAAUGUUGUAGUUGGGCAAGUUCCUCCGGGGACAAACCACAUUAGUAAAACCCCUGGACAGAUUAACUUAGCACAGCUUCGGCUCCAGCACAUGCAACAACAAGUGUAUGCACAGAAACAUCAGCAGUUGCAACAGAUGAGGAUGCAGCAGCCACCAGCACCUGUACCAACCACCACCACCACCACCCAGCAGCAUUCUAGACAGGCAGCCCCUCAGAUGUUACAACAACAGCCUCCACGAUUGAUCAGUGUGCAAACAAUGCAAAGAGGCAACAUGAGCUGUGGCCCUUUUCAAGCCCAUCAGAUGAGACUGGCUCAGAACGCUGCCAGAAUACCAGCGAUCCCCAGGCACGGCAGCCAUCAGUAUUCCAUGAUGCAGCCACACCUCCAAAGACAACAUUCAAACCCAGGGCAUGCUGGACCCUUUCCUGUUGUAUCGGUACACAACACCACAAUCAACCCGACGAGUCCUACUACGGCAACUAUGGCAAAUGCAAACCGAGGUCCCACCAGCCCAUCUGUCACAGCAAUAGAACUAAUCCCCUCAGUUACCAAUCCAGAAAACCUUCCAUCGCUGCCAGAUAUUCCACCCAUACAGUUGGAAGACGCUGGCUCAAGUAGUUUAGAUAAUCUACUAAGUAGAUACAUCUCAGGCAGUCACCUACCCCCUCAGCCUACAAGCACCAUGAAUCCUUCCCCAGGACCCUCUGCCCUAUCUCCAGGAUCAUCAGGUUUAUCCAAUUCUCACACACCUGUGAGACCCCCUAGUACCUCCAGUACUGGCAGUCGAGGCAGCUGUGGGUCAUCAGGAAGAACUGCCGAGAAGUCAAGUCUUAGUUUCAAGUCUGAUCAAGUGAAGGUCAAGCAAGAACCUGGGACUGAAGAUGAAAUAUGUAGCUUUUCAGGAGCUGUGAAACAAGAAAAGACAGAAGAUGGUAGGAGAAGUGCUUGCAUGUUGAGCAGUCCUGAGAGUAGUUUGACACCGCCCCUCUCAACUAACCUACAUCUAGAGAGUGAGUUGGAUGCGUUAGCAAGCCUGGAAAACCACGUGAAAACUGAACCUACAGAUAUGAAUGAAAGCUGCAAACAGUCAGGGCUCAGCAGCCUUGUUAAUGGAAAGUCCUCAAUUCGAAGCCUCAUCCACAGAUCAGCAAGGGUUGGAGGAGAUGGCAACAGCAAAGAUGACGAUCCAAAUGAAGAUUGGUGUGCUGUCUGCCAAAAUGGAGGGGAUCUCUUGUGCUGUGAAAAAUGUCCAAAGGUUUUUCAUCUAACUUGUCAUGUUCCAACACUUCUUAGCUUUCCAAGUGGGGACUGGAUAUGCACAUUUUGUAGAGAUAUUGGGAAGCCAGAAGUUGAAUAUGAUUGUGAUAAUUUGCAACAUAGUAAGAAAGGGAAAACUGCACAGGGAUUAAACCCCGUGGACCAAAGGAAAUGUGAACGUCUUCUGCUUUACCUCUAUUGCCAUGAAUUAAGUAUUGAAUUCCAAGAGCCUGUUCCUGCUUCGAUACCAAACUACUAUAAAAUUAUUAAGAAACCCAUGGAUUUAUCCACCGUGAAAAAGAAGCUUCAGAAAAAACAUUCCCAACACUACCAAAUCCCAGAUGACUUUGUGGCUGAUGUCCGUUUGAUUUUCAAGAACUGUGAAAGGUUUAAUGAGAUGAUGAAAGUUGUUCAAGUUUAUGCAGACACACAAGAGAUUAAUUUGAAGGCUGAUUCAGAAGUAGCUCAGGCAGGGAAAGCAGUUGCAUUGUACUUUGAAGAUAAACUCACAGAGAUCUACUCAGACAGGACCUUCGCACCUUUGCCAGAGUUUGAGCAGGAAGAGGAUGAUGGUGAGGUAACUGAGGACUCUGAUGAAGACUUUAUACAGCCCCGCAGAAAACGCCUAAAGUCAGAUGAGAGACCAGUACAUAUAAAGUAAAAUGACAUGGAUUUAAAUCAGUUGUUUAAAAAGAAUGAAAAAGAAAAGGAAAAAAACCAGAAAACUUUUAUUUAAGUGUUGCUGGAAUAUCCUGCCUGAAGAAGCUGAUAACUCUUACACAGGAUUAGAUUGAAAUAAUGGACAGAAAACACAUUCCUUGUCAAGAAAGGGGGAGAAAACUCUAUUUGGAACUUUAAAGUAAAAACAGAAAGCAAAAGGGAAAUGAUUUGAGGAUUUCUGUCACUAACGAGGAUGGUUCUUUGGUUCACAAUAGCAGAUGUGAUCAUACGGUAUUGAUUGGUGCAGGGUACUGGGUGUACAAGUAAAUUGUCCUUUUGGAUUAGGUUGCACAGUUAUUAAAAACAAUUUUUAAGCCUCCCCCUCCACAUACAUACAUACUGGGUUGUUUCUUAGUUAAAAAUACUUCAGAGUAGCUCGGAUUCCACUUUACUGCCAGUGCAGAUGUGCAUUGAGUCAUGCCAUUAUAAUUUUUUCUAAUUUUGAUGAUAUUGGGUCUUAUUUUUAAAUUCAUUUAAAGAAUUCAAGAGUAGUUUUAUUUUCUACUCAUACUUAGGGUCUAGGAAACAUGACCUACUCAACUUCAGUGGUCUACUGAAAUAAAAAUGGUAACUUUUCAGUAGUAGGUCAUGGAGAGUUAGAGUAGUUAUUUCCAGAAAUCACUUCCACACAGUUGCACUUCCCAGUCACAUCAUCUGAUCAUAGUUAAUUCUCACAGAAGUCAGAAUGUUUGUUCGAGAAUUAAUCCAGUUUUCUGUACAUUUAAAUUUGAUUGAGAAGGUGACAGCUGGCUCUUCUCCAGUCUUCCUUCACAUCAGUUUUCUGAUAGACCACUAUUGGCAAACAGUUAUCUGUCAACUACCAAAUGUGUAAAAUUUUCUGUAUUUCACUUUGUCUUAUUUGUAAAUAGUGAACUAAAACUUCUGGCAGAUCAGCAACAUUUGCUGAGCCUGUUUUUUAAGCUAAUGUGUAUUCUUACUAAUGUUCCUAUCAAGAAUGGAUUUGUAAUAUAUGCUGUCUAUUUCUAAUGUUCGCAUUCAUAUUUUGAGGUUCUAUCUUAUUUUAAUAGAGAACAGACUUCUCAAAAAAUCUUCAGAAGCAGCUUAUUAUUGAAGUAUCAAACUAUUGAAAUAAACCCGGUGGGGUUAGAUUACUCAUCCGUCCACCAAGUGGGACAUUUGCCUAGACUAGGGGCUUUAAGGACUUAGAAGAGACCUGUAAGUAAAUCCUAAAAAUGAGCCAAUCCCCACUUGAAUGGUUACUGGAGUAAACCCACCUUUACUGACCUGAUCAUAGCACCCGCGGCAGAUGAACCAACUUGGCUCUGGUUCAUUUUACUUCUCUUCAUUUGUGAUGCUCAAAUUCAAGAUGUGAUUUAGAUGAUGUACAGGCUUCUUUUUUGUUGGAUUAAAAUCUUGGUCCUACUUUUGUACGGACACUUUAGAAUAUAAAGAGACCAAAAUAGAUGAAUUUGCCAUUAGGUAUUUUUCAGACGUCAGCAGAUUUGUGGCAAAUCAUUUGCCUUUUUAAAAAUUCAGUUUAAUCAUUUCAGAAGUAGACUAUUCAGAAAAUUAUUUGACAUAACUGUCUUAAGAGGUAAAUAUUUUUUAGCGCGUAUUAAAUCAAAUAAAGUGCUCUAAAGAAAUUAUUAUACAAA